CGAUCUCCAAGUAGCCGUUUUCCGGAAUGUCGGGGUGCAGCAGUCUGUCCUUGUUGUUGACAUGAUGUUGUUGGUCUGUUUCGAACGCGGGUCAGGUCACGAGUACCGAUAUGAGUUGAUUGGAUCGCGCAUCAGGUCGGUCUUAGGCUGAUGUUCUUGUGUCAGCUUCGAUUCGAGUCAUCCGGCGAUCUUCCGUCGCAUGCAAGUUUUCUCAGAAAAGAAAAGGAGGACGGUUUAGGCGAAAGGCGCGGGAACGCUCACAUAGAUACCGCGCAUUAGCACCGUCGUGGGGAGGUUUCCUCUGUUGGAAAGGAUGGGUUGCUGCCACCGUUACACCAUUCUCCAUCGCGCUCUGCUCUUUCUUUCUCUAUGUUCAAUCGCAUCUAUAACGAUCACCACCGAUGCCUUUGACGUUCGCCACCACCUCUCCACCGUUACCAGGUACGAUGUUUCAAAGGAGAUCUCAGCUGGCGAUGCCCAUAUUUCUAUUGAUCCUCCAAACAAAUGCAGCGUAAUUCACUUGAACUUAGUGGCAAGACAUGGUACACGAGCUCCAACCAAGAAGCGCAUAAGGGAACUGGAUAGAUUGGCCAUUCGCUUGAAUUCUCUUGUUAGUCAUGUGGAAGUUGAAGCUCAUGGAAUCAUCACUUCUCCCGAAAAGUAUCCAGCUUGGCUAUCAAGCUGGCAAUCUCCAUGGAAGGGAAGAGAUAAAGGUGGUGAAUUGAUAACCCUAGGGGAGGAGGAACUAUAUCUGCUUGGGAAUAGAAUCCGCGAAAGAUUUCCAGAACUGUUUAAUGUAGAAUAUCAUCCAGAUAUUUUCCCAAUUAAAGCUACCCAGGUUCCACGAGCCUCAGCUAGUGCAGUUGCAUUUGGAUUAGGGCUUUUUUCUGGAAAAGGUUCUCUUGGACAUGGGCGUCAUCGGGCCUUUUCUGUUGUCACAGAGAGUCGGGCUAGUGAUAUAUGGCUUCGAUUUUACGAUACAUGCCAAACCUACAAGGAUUAUAGGAUCACCCAGGAGCCUGCUGUGGAGAAGCUAAAAGAACCAAUUCUUACCGAAGUUUCCUCUGCAUUAACAAGCCGUUAUUCACUGAACUUUACAAUGUCUGAUGUUGCUUCAUUGUGGUUCCUUUGCAAACAAGCAACUUCAUUACUUGACAUAACUGAUCAAGCUUGUGCUCUUUUCAACCAGACGGAGGUUUUAUUGCUAGAGUGGACAGAUGACCUGGAGAUGUUUAUAUUGAAGGGUUAUGGUAAAUCAAUAAAUUACCGAAUGGGACUCCCAUUGCUCCGUGAUGUUUUGCAAUCCAUGGAAAAAGCAGUUUUUGCAAGAGAAAGCCAAUCCACAGGGACUUUUGAGAAAGCACAGCUUCGAUUCGCUCAUGCUGAAACAGUUGUUCCAUUUACAUGCCUGCUUGGACUUUUUCUUGAAAGAUCUGAAUUUGAAAAAAUACAAAGUGAGCAGCCUUUUCAACUGCCACCAAAACCUCCCCUGGAAAGAAGUUGGAGAGGUAGUAUAGUGGCUCCAUUUGCAGGCAACAACAUGCUGGCUUUGUACCACUGUCCUGCUGAUAAAUCCAAAAGCAGUGCACCUGAGAAGCAUAAUGGCAGUUACUUUGUGCAAGUAUUUCAUAAUGAGAUUCCUGUGAAACUGCCAGGCUGUGGCGAUGUCGACUUAUGUCCUUUUGAAGUCUUCAAGGAGAAGGUAGUUUCCCCUCAUUUGAGGCACAACUUUGAGUCCAUCUGCAACGUCAAGUCAGUGACAACCAAUUCCUGCUCCAGUCCUUGUAAGCUGUUGAGAGCAGCAUCUAAUAUAUAUCGUUGGAUCUUCCCUGCUGAGCAAAAAGAUGAAGCACGGAUUGGUGGGCACAAAGGAGAAUUGUGACCUUUUUUUCUAACUUCUAACAAUUACAGAUUUUGUUUCGCCACUAACUUGAUUUUGUAUGUUGUAGAUUUUUCUUGAAGAGUCAGUUUGUGUGGGUUAUUGGGUACCCACCUUCUUCGACAAUGUUCUGGAACAAUGCUCUCUUUGGCGAUCUUACUUUAGAAAACUAGCAAAUGCAAUUAAUUUGUAGCAGGAGGAUUUUGAUGCAUUUAAUCAUAAAAGAGUUGCUUGA